CAUGACAACUGAGAAAUUAUAAUUUCCUCUUUUCCCUUAAAAGUGUGUUGAACUUCUGCUUUUGUCAAAAACAAGAAGUGCACAACAUUCAGCAUUUGUAUGCUAAUUUGAACGGAGCUAUAAAUGGAGUUUAGCUUGUGAAAUACCUGUAAAUCACUGCCAGGAUUAACAGUCAGUUAACAACAUGGAAAAGGACAAUCCUUUAAAUGGGGGAGUUUCUAUUCUUCACAAACUGGAAGGGGGCAAGCAUUAUUAUGAAGUGGAAAAGAUGGUAAAAUACCAAAGUGCAAAGAGCAGUCGCUUCAUUUUAAGGAAAGGUGAUAAACUUACCCAGAUCAAUGGAGUAAAUCUGGAGGAUGUGACACCUGAAGCUUUUGCAGAACUACUCUGCAAACAAUUGCCUCUGUUGACUGUGCAUCAAUCAUGUCCGCCUGGCCCACAGAAUGUGGGUGGAGGACAUCCAUUCUUUAAAGAGAAGGGGUUCAUGACGGUCACCUUUGAGAUGGUGCCAGAGAAUGAAACUGAAGAGCAGGGAGGGCCUGGCAGUGUCGAGGACAGAGAGCAGCUGGCCGGGGGCAACAGCAGCAGUAGUACAGUUCACAACAAGACAGGUGAUGGGAACGAGGACCUGCUGCUGGUCUCUAUGAGGGAAACCAACAUCUCUGUGGUAGUGGGGAGGUGCUGCGACAAGCACCCAGAAGUUUCCUGUAAAGACUGCAGAAAUGCCAAGUGCAGCCUGAGUGAUGUCCUGGUGGUAUCGAAUUCUACCAAUUUCACCCUUGUCUCCAGAGGCACCUAUAAUUUAUUUCAGGAGAAAGUACAGGACAAUAUUUUCAUUCAAAGUCUGUGGCAAGAUAAUUACGUUCAGCACCACUCCUCAUUUCCAAUGUGCAAACCAUUAUCAAGGACAAAAGCAGCGAAUAUGACCAUCUAUUACUACAAAGUUGACAAUGUUGAUGGAGAUUUUCGUGGAACACCAGUUGUCCUAAAUUUCACCAAUACUAACUGCUUUCUGAAAUGCAGUAAGAUCAGAGGCAAGGUGACUCUUAACAUUGAUAGCUGCAAUAAAGAGAACCUGCAGCAAAUUUCCUGUGGGAACAAAGACACCUGGCCCUUCGUGUUUUACAUGAAAGCAAGUAGAGACAAUUGUCGCCGUUUUGAGUCCGCCAACUUCCCUGGGUGGUUCAUAAAGGAAACAGCACUUGAAGUAAUGCGGGUGGAAUCCAGAAACACGGAGGACCAGUCAUUCUUCUUUUUAAUCAAGAAAUUCCAUGGGAGUUAAUCCACCUCUCCAAGUUUCCCCUCAGACAUCAGCUAGGAACUACUGUACACUUGUCUGCGUUCAUUAGUGACAGUGAAUGGUUGAGGGAACUAUGCGUUAUAAAACUGAAUUCUCUUAAAACUGUGUGCUCUGAUGUAUUCCAUAUUGCAUUAAAUUGUAUUAUUUUAAUCUAAGUAGCUUUCAAAAUAUCAGGUAUAAAGUUCAUACCAGGCCUACAAUAUUUCUUUAAAACUGAACAAAGCAACCAUGUUCUUGUAAUUUACGACUAUAUGCUGUUUAUUGAAUUCUUUAGAUGUUAUAAGUUAAGUAUGGCUUUCAUUCAUUUUAAAAUCAAUGUUUUUUUCUAUAACGCUUGUACUGUAUACCCAUUUGCCUGAACUACCUGUACAUACUGUACUUUGAUAUUAAAAACUUGUGUUAAA